GAAGAUUAUUUUUCAAUCUAACUGCCGCAAUUAACAAAAUUUCCAAUCACUCUCCGCUCCCAAAACCCUACCGCGCUUUUUAACCAAAUUCGACGAAUACCUUUUCGUUUCUCUGUCUUGAAUCAGGGUUUGACAUUGAACGAUGACGGAGAGCACGGCAGUGCCUGAAUCGGUUUUGGAUUCAGCGACGAGAACCUUAGCGAACGUAGAACAAGUUGAAGCCCACCUGCCCGAGUUAUUGUCUCUCUCAGACCCAGAAGUCCUCGCAAAACUUCCACCUCUCCAACGAGCUCAGUCUCUUCUCUUGCUUGCCAAGGCCACCACCGCACUCUUCACUUUGAGAUUGAGGUGCAGUGGAAUUCAGCCGGAUGACCAUCCUGUCAAAACAGAGCUUGAAAGGUUAAACUUGUACCAAGACAAGCUGGAGCGAUUCAUAGAUUUGAGUAGAGCUCCGUUGCGGCCUUCCACUACCUUAAAUUAUCAGGCAGCAACCCGUUUUAUUGAGAAUUCUUUGCCAGAUCUAACCCCUGGGCAGAGGCAAAGCAUGAAGGAUGUCAGUAAGAGAGAGGGGACAAGGAUCAAGUACUUAGAGAAGACUGUACAAAAGAAGAGGAAACAUCAAUCUGUCCAAACUGCUGCAAAGGAAUUCCUUGAAAAAGCUUCCCUUGAACUUCUUGGUGAUAGUCAGGGUAGUUUUAAGGGACCUCUCCAGGUUGAUGCUUCCUAUAAAGAUUGACCAGCCGCCUGCAGGCUAAUACCAUUAUUGGUCCAGGCUUCUCACACCAGAUGUGCUUUAGUUUAAUCUGCUUUCAGUGAGUUGGAGAUUUCACCAUCACAUCAACAAAAAUAUUGCAUUGAGGGGAGGGGCAACAUAGCCUUCGUGGAGAGAUUCCGGAUGGAACUGCGAAGGAAUUACUACUUUUGUAUUGUUUGCUGAUAUCUUGUGAAUCUGAAAAAUCUUAUUAGCCUCUUUUUUUUUUUUUUUUUUUUUGAAUCGUGAUCCGUGAGGAUAUGUAUUCUAUGUUUUUUGGUCAUGGUCAGUCAAUCUGUAUUAUAACUGUUAUCUGUCUAUUUUGAUGGAGUAAUUCUGUAUUGCGGCGAGACUUGGUUCA